AGCUAACACGGGUUAGCUUACGAGAUUACGGCAGCUUCCGUAUAUCGUAUUAUCUUUUUGCAAUCUUUGUCAAAUCCCUACAUCCUACCAAGUGUUCUCAUAAGACCCCUCUUUCGCGACGUUGCGAUCGAUUGAUCCUGGCAACCACCAGCGCAGCGACGGUGACAUUCCUUCUUGGUUAUCGGCAGUCAACAAACAACAUUCCUUGGCACCGGGUGACCUACAACUGAUCGUGGUUCAUAAUUCAAGGGCCGGCGACCAUUUCUCGAUCAAUUGACUUGAAAACUCAAGAUUGUGGUACAUGGGUAACUUGAAAACGACAUACAACAAAGUACCACGAGCUGCGGCGCUGCCUCUUUUCCGCGUCACUUUUUUUGUCCCUUUGAUCGCCGCGCUGCCAACCACACCAAGGUAUCCUGGACCUAACCUCUUACUGGUAGGCACCUCCUCCUCAAAGGUGCCAAUCACGCGCCGCCUGCAUCUACCCAUGUCAGAUGCAUGCACGCAAAGCCAACGACACAGCACAGCACAUUCAUAAUAGCUUUGCAUUAAGGACGUGCGAGCAAAGGAAAAAUCACUUUUUGCCCAACGACCGGCACUCAUCCGCCCGUUGCCCCCCGAACCACGCUUUUCGCUCAGGGACCGAAAGUCGGCAAGGAUUCCAGACGACAUCUCAUUCUUGGAUUUUGUUCCUGCCGAACAGCUGAAUCCAAUUGAUAUCAGAUUAUUGACAUUUGCUUUUUUUUCUUUUUUUUUUUCUCUCUCUCCCUCAUUUCCCCGUCACAUUGUCGACAAGUCGGCUACGGGUAGGAAGGAUUCCAACCAACUACCCACAUACGUACGUGUCGAUUUUGUCCAAGCCAACAAGCAAGCGCCACAGCAUCCCUAGCGUCGACUAGUCCAAAACAAAAGUCGAUACACUUUUCUUUUGUAGCUUCUCAAAGCUCUCUUCUGAAUGGCCGACUGAGACAUUCCUUCCCGGGCGCCCGCGUCUUCCCUGCGGUAAAAGAAGAAGCAAACUCAAGAUCUGCAGCAGACGUCAGUUACGCAUGGUGGACCCGGCGACAAACGGUACCUAUUCUUAACUGUUGGGCCUGUGUUGCCGUUUGCUGCCACUGUCACGUCUCACAAUGACGGGCUCACCGCACGUCGGGCAGUCCUACCCGCGGGAUCGGUCCUCGCGUCACUCCCUCCCAUUGGGCUCCUCAAAUCCUACCACCGCCCAGCUACACCAUGCUUCUUCCCGAUCGAGCAACAACAGCACAUCCAACAGUCGCUUCGCAUCUCACAGCAACAACAGCUCGUCCAGCAACCUCCAGUCGCCGCACUCGCCCCAAAAGACUCAAAACUACCCCAGAUUAAAGCAUUCGAGCCGCGCCUCGCUGGGCAGCGACCGACCUGCAUCUUCUCGUAUGUCGAGAACCCCGAACCCCGAGGAUCUUAGACAAAACUCGCCGGCAAUAUCUAGCUACUUGCAAGAGAGGUUGCGACAAGAGAGGAGGUCAGAAACCCUGCGGUCGGGUUCCAGUCGCGCCGGUAGCAACGACACGAUGAGCACCUCUGACAGGCACAUGCAAGCCAUUCAGAGCUCUCCUGUUCGUGCUUCUACCUCGGAUGGACCCCGACCGCGCUCGAGCAGCGGCCACGAUGCUGCGAGAAGGAAGGCGGUGGGUCUCCGGGCUUCGGAGCUGAAGCUCGAGAGCGUGUUGAACGAAAACUUUGACCUGAAGUUUGAAUUGUCUAAACGUCGCGAGUUGAUGCCGAAGCUCGAGGCUGAAGUGGCCGGUCUAAAAUCCACAGUUGACAAGCUGCAGUCCACCGUUGGCGAACUGAAGUCUCAGAAGAAAGAGGUGGAGGAGGUUAACGAUAGGCUCGUUCAAGAGCUGGAGAAGCGGGACGAUGCCAUCCGCGAUGCGGUUGCUAUGAUUGUUAGCCUCGAGGCGACGGUGGAAAAGCUUCAAAAGGAACGCGAUAUCAUCAGAUCCCUGAGUGCCGAAACGUACGACCAACUCCCCGAGCUCGAAGACACCGACGAAGGCGCACUCACCAGGAUGCCGAGUUUCAUAAACGAUCCUAGCGCGAAAACGGAAAACCUGCGAAAUGCAUAUCUUGCACCACGUGCCAGCACCCUGAGCUUUAAGCGCGCUUCGGACUCUGCCAUGAACGACGAUGACGUGCCGGAUCAUAAGUUGAUGUCCACACCCAGUCUGAGUGUUCUCAGCGAAAGCUCUUUUGUCAGCGUCUAUGGACAAAAGCCGUUCCUGAACAGCUCGUCCUCGCCGCCAGAGAGGUCCAUGGAAUAUGAGACAACAAGGAAUCCUCCCGCCACAAUUCCGCGGGCCAUGACGCCCACUAGAAAUCGUCGAUCCAGCUCCGGCUCUGCUUCGCGGGGUCCAUCCGGAACAUUUUCGAUUGGCGAGGUUUCUGAUCACUCCCCGCUGUCAAACCUUCAACGGAGAUUACAAUAUCAUGACUCGUCGAUGUUGAGCGAUCUGUCGGCCGCUAAUGGCGGUACCCCAGCCAAUCAAAGAAACGAUUACAGCAGCCCCCAGCUACCAGCGAUGACUUUGGAGCAACAGCAACAGGCUCGCCAGCGUAUGAAACAAGAGAAACGAGAGGCAUUGCGAAGGGUCAUGACAGACGGUCCCAGGGACUUGGGUGCCGGAUUGCCACCCACUCCAGAUACCAUCUCGACAUCGACUUUGCGACGGUUCAAGAACUCGAAUGACACACUUUCUCAGCCCGCUGCAUCGAUUAAACAAUAUGACAUUGGCCCCAAUGAUCGUUUCUACCCGGCCGCGACGGAGAGCACAAACUCUAGGUCGAGUAGCCAGACUACGACGGGAGAAGCAACGAGCCAGGCCGCUUCAAUGUCUGCCUUCAACGGGAGGAAGGGUUUGGAGAAUUCGCAAAAGAGUCUGUAUACAGAAUCCCAGUCGGCUAUUCCGUUGCGGCCCCGCUCAGCAGGUGAGACAACGACGUCCGACCACAGGAGGGACGAGAAUGGAUGGGCGUCGGAUAGCUCCGAAGACGACAAUGUCAAUGAUGGCGCGACAGUCUCGACAUAUGAUUACUGGAUGCGCGAAGGUCUGAAACCCAACCGCACUUUCCCGCACAACGCCGCUGUUAAUAUGGACCACGGCGCUGAUGUGGGUGGCCGCGUGUCGCCCGACCUUUUCGCCUUCCCUGGUGCAUCAAAUGGUUCUGGCGGGUGGUCGAGCGAAGCCAUGUUUGGCAACCUUGGUGGAGCUGGCUUCCUCGGCGCAGGCACGACCUCUCCGCCGACAACGCACGCUCUUGAUGCCAUAGGCGCAUCGCUGCCAUCCCCCCAGGCGGGCUUUUUCGGUUCUGGUCUCGCAUCUCCUGGACCCUCGGCUUCUACAACGGUCCCGCCGCCCCCUCGGCGGUCGAGCCUGCAUGCCCGAACGGGAUCCAGCCCUGCCGUGACUCGCCCUCCGUCCCGCCAGGCACCUGCCAACGGGAAGCUUCGAAAAUCGCCGGUGCGCAGCGGCAUGUCACGAAGCAACAGUGUGGAUUAUAGCGAUCAGGCGCCUCCGACUCCGACUCUCGCAUCGCCCCCGACUGGCAGCACCCCGGACCCCAGCAAGCGUCACUAUCCACCGAUUUCAGGCUCCCAGCAACAGCACGUACGACGCCUGAGCGGGUUGAAUUUGUUCCGUCGCAGCACUGGGGCGGUAGAUAAGGAGAGGGAAAUGGGUUCAGCCAGCGCGCCACCAUCCGAGAAUUCCCUACGUAACGCUUAUCCCCCGCCGAUGUCGCCCAACUCUAUGGCCGUGGCUGCAAACGAGCACGUGAACAUUGGAAUGCCAUCAUGGGGCCGUCGUUCGGAUCUGACGGAUGAGAGCCUUUCGAGCGCAACGCCACCGCCGAUCAUGCGCAACCCAAACCAGCGUGGCGGUGGCUCAGCGUCGACCAGGAGGGGUUCUCUGACGCCGGGGCUUGAGGAUAUGAUGGACGAGUACGGCAGCAGCGGUGCGCCCUUGUCGCCGCAGGUGGCCGUCCCUCCCCAAUCACCAGCGGUCACGUCUCCGCCGGUGAAUACCGACUCGCCUGGCAAUGGUGGACGGAAGCGGGGCUGGUUGGGUGGCUUGGGAAGAGUGGGGAGUCUGCGCAACCGUGCUGGCUAGGGGCUCAGCGCUGGGCACACACAGCACGACAAGCGUAGGAGAUUGAGGAACGCAGUGUCGGACUGGAAGCUGAGAAAGUUUCCUUGACGCGGGUUCCGCGGAAUAAAAUGCCGAGUAAGGUGGCUCAACACACCAACCCGGAGAUGGAUUAAUGCCAGACUAUCAUGGUCAGGCGUUGUGAGUGGGUUUGCUAGGUUAGGUGGAUUUGUUUGGAGUAUCUAUCUGUGAUUAGGCGCGCUAUUUGGAUUGAAACAGGCAAGAUUUCGAGCAUUUAUUUGCCUUGUUUUACUAGUCAUUUUUUUCUCUGUCGACUUUUUUUUCUUAUUUAUUCUCUGGGUUUAUUUGCAAGCGGCGCUGGAGGAAUUUCCGCAGGAGUCUGGUUGGUUUUUCUUUUUUUGCAAAGAUGGGGACACCAAGACAUAAAAAACUCACGUUUUAUUUAUCCGCCACGAGGUGGACGGGCAGCAUGUUUUGUAUGGAAUUUGUCUGGGGGUAUUAUGUGACCGGGUAAAAGCAAAGAAGAUGGCGCGGGAUCCGGCAGACACUUUAGGCUAGCCAAGGCUAGAUCAAUCUCAAGCGUCCAGUGCGAGUUAGUGUGUACACAGGCUGUGAUCAAUUGGGUUUGUUUU